UGAUUGUGUGAUUUGUGAAUUGACGACUGACGUGAAUUGAAAAUAUUAUUUCGUGUUUCGCCCUCAUUAAGUUAAAAGAUUUGUGUAAACACUAUUUAUUUUAAUCGUAUGUGUGUGUUGAAACAGUUAUUUACAAGAUAAGUGUUAUGAUGUGAUUUUAAAGAUACUGAAAUGGAGACUAAUACAAAUCAAAAAGUUUCAUGUAUAGUGAACUACUCCUAUGAUGCGUCUGAGCCCGAUGAGUUGACGAUACGUCCUGGUGAUGUGUUGAGAGAUGUGGAACGUCUGCCCGGUGGCUGGUGGAGAGGUGAACUACGUGGUCGGAAGGGAAUGUUCCCUGAUAAUUUUGUCUCUGUUCUCACUGAUCAGAAUAAUGCAAGUUUAAAUAGGCCGAGUAACGUGCAAGGUCGUUGUCGAGCGGUGUACAGUUAUCAACCGGCGAACCCUGAUGAGCUCCCGCUUUGUGUUGGUGACGUUUUGGAGGUCUUGAACGAGGUCGAGGAAGGCUGGUGGAAGGGUCGUAGGUCAGGUCGUGUGGGCGUAUUCCCGUCCAACUUCGUUGUCAUGUUAGAGACGAGCCCCACGCCCGCACCUCCCCUACAUCCAGCACCGCCACUGGAACCAGCGCCCGCACUGCCGCCAAAGCCCGUCAAAGAGUUAUGCCGCGUUCUGUUCCCAUAUACAGCGGUGAACGAAGACGAAUUAACUCUAUCCGAAGGUGACAUAGUUAGUAUCGUGUCAAAAGAAGCACCGGAUAGAGGCUGGUGGAAAGGGGAACUUCACGGACGAGUAGGCUUCUUCCCGGAUAAUUUCGUGCAGUUGUUACCGGCAGUGGCCCAGGAGGUUGAGGAGAAAAAGCCGGAUAGACCAUCGUCGAAGACAAACUCACUGUAUCCAGUACUGAACAAGUACUCAGAGAAAACAGCGUCUGUUAAGGAGCUUACAACAUCUAAAAUAAGCAUGCACAAAGAGAACACGGUCAGUAAGGAGAGCAGCACUCAGAGUACCGUCACACACACAACCAAGAAUGAAACGGAGAAGAUUGUACACAAUGAGACUGUUAUAGACGGAUCUACAGACACACAGGUCAAGAAACCUCCGGUGCCGUUAAAGAAGAGUCCAACACCCGGUACUGUGGGUGGUUUGUUCAGCGGACUUAAGAAUAAGAUGCUCUCAUCCUCCGAUAAAACAGAAAAAACAGUAUCAAGUAGUGUAACGGCGUUCGAUCGCACCGAUGGUAUAACGUCGAGCAAGGCGAUUGUCAACGACACCAACAGUUUUGAUCACGUGGAGAGGAACUCCAUACUGAAUGAUCCUAGAGCUGGCAGGGUAAAAGCCCCUCGUCGACGUCCUCCCAGUCAGGCGCUGAGAGACGACACUCUUCAACAGAUCGGUCUCAGUAAUGGUCAUGAAGCACCGAUCGAGAAAUCUCCUGAGAAGGAGGAGAUCCGACCAAAAGCACGGGACUGGGAGAAACACCGAGCGCCGUGGAUGGAGGAGCUCAAGUUAAACCAGGCGAGGAAGACCAGCGGGGACGGGAAGACGCGUCCAUCAGAGGCUGGACUUAAAUCUGGUGGCAGUACUGACAGAAUAUUGGAAUGUGGCUUAGAAGACAAGAGAUCUUCACAUUCAAUGGAAAUGUCUAAAAGCACGUCGUCCAUUAGCAACAGAAUAUCGGUUUUAGAAAAUAUUAAAUCUACCACUGAGACUAAGACACAAGUGAGUGAGUCAAAGAAGGAAUCCUUACCACCUGAACUACCAACAACAAGUCCACCUUCACUGCAAUCUCCAACAGCCGCUGGACGCACUAUAUCUGCCAUGUUUGAAGAGGUUCGCAAGCCGCCAGCCCCCGCACCGCCAAUAGCCGCUCGACUGUCCGAUCAUGAGAAAUCCAAACAGGACAAGACAGACAGACACUCUGACAGGUUCUCAAGCCUAGAUGGUUCGGACAAGAGUGACGUCACAGAGGUCACUGACCCCUCCAAAUACCUCAGCUUGGAAAAAUCGACUGAUAAAAACAAUGAAAUCAACAAACUGGCAGCUACGGCGGAUAGGUUCAGUGACAUUCAGAUAUUUGCGACUGAAAAGACUAGUGUUAAGAAUGAAGCUAGUAAAUUUAGUAUCAUUGAAAAAUCGACCGCGGCCAUAGAGAAAAAUGAAAAGACGGAAAUUCUACGUUCCAGUACAUUAGAAAGGCGGCCUAAGAAUGAUAAGGAGUGCUCAGAGGCUUUGAUUGCUCAAUUAAAUAAUAGGAUACUUAACCUAGAAAAGUUAAUAGAAGUACAAAACGCUAAAUUCAACACUGCCAUCGAGGAUCUGUCGAAUAAGUUGAAACAGGAGACGGAGAAACGACAGGCGUUACAAAUGGAAAUAGAGAAGCUAGCUCACUGUGUUACACAAGUCUAGUAUGUUAUAUAGACAGCUAGUGUUAUAGUGGAUUGUAUGUCAGUCAUGACACAUGACACAUGUCAAAGUCGAUGCGUAAACCCGCCAAGUCGCUCUGAAGCGACACUAGUUUAGAAAUCCUAAAACAACAUGGCAUUGUUCAUAGUUGAUUAGUUUAACAUUUUAUAUAAAUGCUGCUAUUAUUUAUUACGUAAAUAUUUUAUAUUAUAUCAACGAAAUAAUUUAUUGUCAGAUAAUUUAAUGAAUUGUAUGAAAUUUUGAAUGACACGAUUGAAAUGGAAUGAUGUAAUAAAGUGGUACAGAAAAAUCUACGUCUUCAAUUACUUUAUAGAGUUCACUUUCAAUGUCAGUACAUUAUGUAGUUCAUAAUCUAUAAUUAUCGAUAUUUAUGUGAUACAAUUUAUUCCUGGACAGAUAUUUUGAGUACUUAUGUAGUUAGCGAGGCAAUGCCUUAGACGACAGUAGCUAUGUAAUACAAUAAUAAUAUUAAGAUAUUGUUGAACAUGUUGUAAUUUUUUUUUGUAAUAAAUUUUAAUUUUAAUUUUGAAGUGCUAUGCAUAAUGUGAAAAUGUUUGUACAAUUUUUAUUUGUAUAACACAACUGAGCGGCCAAAUGUUUGAAAGUUCAAUGGUUAUAAUUUUUAAUUCCUACACAGGCUAAAUGCUUUAAUGUCGGAAUCGCUUCUACAUUUUUUUUAUGCGGUUGUUUAUUAUAGAAUAAAUUGGUUGUUGCCAAUUUGGAGUCCUAAUAAUACAAUGUACCUAGGCCAUGUCGAAUUUGUCAUUUAUGGUAGUUUAGUUAUCCUCAGGUAACUCUGUUGUACCAUUAAACUAAAAGUUUAAUUUAGUAUGGAGCGAUUUCGUUACUAGUACUUAAUCUGGUUGAUGAUGAAAGCGAGUUGAUAUACGGUUACAAAAUUAGUGCCAUCACUGUUUGCGCAUUUUUAUUUUGUGAAUAACUUUAAGUAUAUUAUGUGAACAUGACAGAUUGUGAUUGGAUGUUUGGCAUCUAGUGAUUUAUACAUUCCACGUUCAUGUGUACAUAGUAUGGCGUUUUAUAUGAAGUCCUUAUAAGAUAUUCUUUUAUACAUCAUAUUGAAUACAACUGACAUUCUAAUUACUCGCUUAUAAAUAAAAAUUGAGUUUAAAUUUAUAUUGAUAAUUCUUAUUUCUUAUAUACGUAUGGAAUACAUAACGUGUGAGAAGCCAUAUUUUAAUUGUAGUUAGUAUAUUUGUACUUAUGUAAAUGUAUGUCCAGUCAGACGACACUGUACCUUUUUGUGAAACAUAUCUCGGAAUUCUUUUCACAUAUAAUAAAAUUAAACAAUAAAAUUUUAUAUAUUGAGUGAUAUAUAUAUGAACUUAUGAGGUUGUAACUAACCAUCCAAUAUUUACAUGUUUCAAAUGUACAGAUUGUAUCUAGAAUUUUCGUUCCAUGAUUCAAAAAUAGAAAUAUAUUCAAAUAUUUUAAACUUGUACUACAAUAUAUAUACAUGAUGUUCUUUUUUUUAUCUCACUCCAUCAAAGAUGUAAAUAUUGGAUGUCUCUGUGGUAUGAAAUUAAAAUGGAUAAGUAUUAAUCUAGAGGUUGUAGCCUAGGUUAUGUGAUAUAACGCCUAACGCAUACUAAAUUUAAUUUAUACAUUUUUUUUAUCAAUGGCUUUAAUAGUGCACAAAUAUAUCGCAUGAUGAAAA